AUGGAAGAUACCACACUGGCAGCUUUAUGCAAUUCUUUAGGAGCCAUGAUUAUGGCUUUAAUUAUCGCUUAUCAUUACGUUGUUGUUAACGAUAAAGAUCCUUCUGAAGGGGAAGUUUUAAACGAUUCUUCUAAAGGUGUAGUUAUUAAAGAUUCUAAA